GUCCCGACCCGAGCAGCAGCAUCAGCGCGGCGCCUCCUGCUUCCACAGCGAAGGUGAUGAGGAUGAUGCGGUAAUACCCAAUCCCAUGGAGCAGAUUCUGACUGCACAACACCAUGUACAAAGUGACCCGAUGUAGACGGCGUUCCACGGGUAAAGGAAGACCCGAGAGAGCUUUUAGGUUGAUUCCAGAAGUUGUGAAGAUGCUCGCGGGGGUGAUAGUGGAGGAGGAAUUUGAUAAGGAGCAGGAGCUGUGGUACAGCAGGAAGGAGCUUGAGCAUGAUCUACACUUGGCUGCAGAGUUGGGAAAGACUCUGCUGGAGAGGAACCAUGAUCUGGAGCAGGGCCUUCAGGAGAUGUACUCCACCAAUCAGGAGCAGCUGCAGGAGAUCGAGUACCUGAACAAGCAGGUGGAGCUGCUGAGGCAGAUGAACGAUCAGCACACUAAAAUGUACGAGCAGCUGGACGUGGCGGCGCGAGACCUGGAGACGACCAACCACAGGCUGGUGCUGGACAACCGCACGGCCCAGGGAAAGAUCCUGAGCCUGACCGAGACGGUCGACGGUCUGCAGUCUCACAUGGAGGGUCUGCAGAAGCAGGUGGAGGAGCUGAAGGCGUCGCAGUCGGAGCGCUCGAGGAGAGAACGCGCCGAAGCUCGCCGAGGCCUGUCGGCUCAGAGCGUCUCCUGCGUCUACGACCUGCACCGGGACACGCGUCUGAGCUCAGAGAGCCACAGUGACGAUCUCUCGUGGUGGGCGCUGGAUGCUGGCCAGGUGGAGGAGGAGAAAUCCGCCCUGCAGAGUGCGUUGCGUAGCCUGCACACCCAGCUGGGAACUGAGCGCGAGCGUCGGGAAGCGGCGGAGAAGGUUAUGGAGCUGACCGAGCGAGAAAACCGGGCGCUGGAGGAACGGCUGGCGCAGCUGGAGAGGACACGACGGCACCAAGCCGAACUGGAGGCCGAGGUGGAGGAGCUGCGGCAGCUGUGGCGCUCGGAAACGCCGAGCGUCCGACCUACAGACUCGCUCGUAGCCGACGACGUGAUCUUCCUCGCCGAAGAGGAGAAGGGGGCGGAGUCAGGAGUGGAGGUGGUAGAGGAAGAGGAAGGGUCAGAGCAGGAACCGAGACGCGGGCACGAGCUGACGUGUAUACGCCGCUCGGAGGCAGUGAGGCAGCGCGGCAUCUCUCUGCUGAACGAGGUGGACGCGCAGUACAGCGUCCUGAAGACCAAAUACGAGGAGCUGUUGCUGCGCUGCCAACGCGGAGACCGAGCGCCGGCGCACAAAGCCGUCCAGACGCCCGGCGCGGCCCUCGAAACGCGGUCGACCUCCCUCACGGACGACUCGUACCAGCCCGAGUACAGGGCACUCUUCAAGGAGAUCUUCACAUGUAUCCAGAAGACCAAAGAGGACCUGAGUGAGAACAGGGCCACGCCCAGGGCCACACCCAGGCACAAACAGUGACUCCGGGUUGUCGUUGUCGUUGUUGUUGUUGUUUUCUGGGGGGUUGACCAGCAGUAUUCUCCGUCUGUUUAAAAAAAUUUGUGUUCGUUCAUGUAAAAUGCAUCCUUCAGAGUGUUUAGGUGCUGACCUACCGCAGUGCAUUGUGGGAUAUCAGGUGUGUGUCGGAUAUUCCACACUAGGCGUUUUAAAAAUGAUUCCCUGAUCAGUGCGCUCUAUCGUAAACACGCCGAACAUGACGGUGUCGUAAACACGACUGCGGCCCGACCGAUACAGCGACGUCUUAUCAACAACUCCCAUAACGUCGGCCCAUAGAAUUACAUAAAUUAUAGAAAUAUAAUUACAUAAAUUAUAGAAAUAUUAUUAUUAGUAUUAUUAUUUAUAUUCAUACGUACAAAAAAAAACAUCCCUUACAGAAAAGUCCCGUGAAUUUCACGCAUUUUUUCCGCACGUGAGCUUUUCACACGUUCUUUCACGACGUUCCUUUGUUACUUGUUUUUAUUUUCCCAACACUUUCAGCUUUCUUUAUUAAUUCAUUCAUUUAUUAUUUUCCCGACAGUGUCCGGUUUUCUCCAUCUAGUUUACUGUUUUGGUUUUAUUUUUGACACGCGGUCACGUAUUUAUUCACGGAACGGCACGUGUUUGCUUGAGUUCACGGUGAAACACGGUGAGAUGUGUCCUCGCUUGUUGGGGGGGUUUUUUUGGGGAGGGGGAGCCCCCUAGUGGCACGGCGCUGCGUCUGUCCGUUCCGUAUGAAAGCUCCUGUUGAUGAACGGAACACCGAUUUAGAAGUAAACGUGCGAGAGGUCUUCUUUCAGAACGGUUUUCCGUCCACACCGAUACCGUAAAGCUCCGUAUCGGACGAUCCGAUCAGCUCUCGGACGUACCGGUCGGGCCUCGGGUGUGAGCACGUCACACACACGUUUUACCCAGCUGGGUUUUGUCGCUCUGGCUUCCCUGCUAAACGAAACCUUCGCCAUUUGUGCGUCUAGUAAUAAUUAACGAGCGCGCUAGCUUUCUGAAGGCACACUGUAGCAUGUGUGUUCGAAGAAGGAGAGAAAACGAUUCGGUAACGCAUCAGGAGUAACAGAUGAACUUCACGCUUUCUUCAGUCGGGUUUUGUUUUAUUCCUGCGACUCGAAGCUUACCUCACGAGUUCUGCGUACUAACGAACUUUUCGUGCUCCUGUGUUUGGGUGAGAUGGUUUCUCACGGCUCGGUGGAACAGCCGCUCUGCACUUUAUUCUAUCUUAUGCAUUUCAGGGGUGUUUUGUUUUUUGUUUUUUAAAAAAUUUUUUUUAUUGUAUUUAUUGUUUUUAUUUUUCCCCACGUGUGGAUGUAGAUAUAAGAGCUUUAUUUUUUAUUUAUUUUCUUAAUUUUUGUUCAGUCACUGUAUAUUUAUGACGUGGGAAAUGAUUAUUAUUAUUAUUAUUGUUUUUUUAUUUUUUUAUUUUAUUUUUUCCAUUUGUGAACACUGAGUCGAUGUUUUCUUCGUAGAUUUAUAAGAACGCGUAGUUGCCUGAUGGGUAAAUACUUAUACUGCUUUACUUUUUGGUGCUGAAUACCGGGUUAAAGGAAUUUUUUUAUUAUUAUCACUAUUAUUAUUAUUAUUAUUAUUAUUAUUAUUAUUAUUAUUAUUUGCUCCGAAUUUACUCGAGAUGUUUUUGUUGUCUGAUGUUUGCUCGCUUAGUUUUGCGCGGGAGCUGCGGAGAUGACCGCUAACAAAAAAACAAAACGCUCGGACCCUCAUCCUCGCGCGCCGCGAUCUCGUUUCUCGCGCCGAGCGUCCGAGCGUCAAAUACGUUUACACCGACGUACUCGCGAUGCGUUCAGCGUAGCAGAUUCUGGUGUGAACGGUGGGGAGACGACGUUAUCGCCAGCGCGGUAACGAUAGCGUUUAAUAGAAGGAAAACUUUUCAGACACAAGGAAUAACGCUCAGGUUUUGCUGUUAGCGUCUAAAAACAAAACGACCCCCCCACCCCCACUCACCCCCGCUCAUCUUUUUCCAAGCAGCUCACAGUGGAAGAAAACGCCGGACCCGGGUCCGACGCAGUCGAGCGUGGAAAGCCGAUCUGUUUGAGCAGAUGACGAGGUGAGCGAGAGCGUGGCGGGCUAAAACGCUAAAGCGCCGCUGCACCACGCUGUCUGUCAGCAGGUAGUGGAAUGGCGUCGUGUGUACUGCAGGAAACCGAAGUGAAAAUAGGGCGAAUUUAAACAGGAAAUCCUUCUCGGACUGAGUUCCUUUAACGGCGAAGAAGCUCCGUUAUUCAUCGUUCCGCGUCGUCACUUCCUGCUUUCGAACUUCCAGGAAAGCGUUUCCGUGAUGCUCCAGCGUCCCGCUGAGGUCCCGCAGCUUUGUGACGAAGAUGUUUACGAAAGAGAGGAAAUACUUUGGGUGACUUUAGAGUUUCAUUAGUGACGUUGGACUCGUCGCUCCAGUGCAAAAAAAAACAACAAAAAACUGAAGCAAACGUCAGAGCAAAACUCGCAUUUUAUUUCCUACAGGAAAAAAAUAACUAAUUAAAGUAGAGUCUUUUUUUUUUUGGCGAGAGCGUUCCUUUACUCUGAGCUUUACUCGGCCGUACGUCGUUCUGAUAUAGCGUGACGGCGGAAUUGCAUUCCUGUCUUCAGGAACGAUGUCUUGGUUAUUUGCACGUGCGAACGUUUUCACACGUUCAGUGCGCCUGGUGAAAGAGCGACGACGUGAACGGAGCGUUUAAAGGGAAAACGGAGACACGUUUGAACACGCGGUUCGGACGUGACAGUGGAGGGUUUUGCACGUUGCGGGUGAAGCGGGGGUGGUGUGGGUUGAUUGCGUUGAGAAGGAGAGAGGAGAGCGUGUGAUUGGAUGAUUGGAUGAUUGGAUGUGGAUACGAAGGAAGACGAGUGGAAAACGUACAGCGGCGUUUAGCAUCUAUCGUCUUUGAUGUUUUUUUUUUUGUUUUUUUUUACAGAUCUGAAAUAUCUCGGGUCCGUGCGUUUACUCCAUUUCAAGAUCAUAACAAGGGCAGUUUUAUUUGAUUUCGUGAAAUUUGAAUGUUCAGAUAUUUGUACCCCCCAGGGAUAAACACGAAGCUUAAAAAUACCACUUUCCAAAGCAAAUUAACGUUUUUAUGACGUUUUAUUUGAUCAGAGGUGCCAAUUAUUGUUAACAAAGGCUCAUUUUUCCAUUUUUACGUGCGUUUUUUGUUUUUUUUUUCCUCCAGAUGUGCGGCAAGCCACAGAAACAAAACGGAGAGGGGCGGACCCCAGACACCGCGAGUCCCGCCUUUUCGUUUUCUGUUGGCUGACGAGACCGAGGCUCGUGACGUCACAGGUCAGAGGUCACCGAGAUAACGUCGACGGCACAGCAGUUAAACGCGUCUUUCGCGUCACGUGCCCUUUCCCCUUCGGUGAAUUUCCCCACCGCUACUUUAGCUGAAAAAGCAGAAUAGUCGAUCGCCGUCGCAACGGGUCAAAAACGGUCAAAUUCUAUGCCUACGCCAUAAAUGUUGGCACCUCUGCUUUGAUCCAAAUGUACGUUUAUGUUAAAUUUGUCGUCGCAGUAAGUCUCAGUAGGAACGUGUAGGACGUUUUCUCGGGAAAACAUUUAACAUUUUCUAGACCGUAUUCGAGUCAUCGUCGCAGUGAAACGACGUUUUUUUGGUCAUUUUUGCGAAGAUUAUUUCGUCAUCUCAGAAAACGUUGUAAAAAAAAAAAACGAAAAUAAGAAACCCCGGGAUCUCAGAAACCAAGUAAAAAAAAAAAAAGAAAUUAAAAAAGCUGUAGAAGGAAAA